UUCAGCACAUGUACGUACAUUUUGUUGCAAUGAUGGUGUGGAUGUUGCGUGGAGGUUCUCAGCAAGGAAAGAAGACAAGAGGACACAGAAGAAGAAAGAUGCCGGGCCACAGGAGGACCAAAGAUAAGAUGAGCCACUGUCUAUCGUGGUUUUUCACAGCUGCCAUCAUGGGGUUCCUUUGUCAAGGAGUGGACAGUGCGUCUGGUGAGUUCGCCCGGAAGUUGUUGUCUGACCUGUUCCAGAACUACACUUCGUCCAUCCGGCCUGUUAGGAACACGUCACGGCCCAUAGAUGUCACGUUUGGGGUGGCGCUGGCACAGAUCAUAGAUAUGACCUUACGACUGAUUGAUUACCUUUCGCCGUGGUACAAGCGGGAUCGUCCACAUCGCUUUAAUGCCUGGUCUACAUGGACAUGUGGCCACCUUUGACAGGGUUCUUAAUACGUGUGUCAAUGGGAAUAAAAGUCUAAUAAACAGACUACUAAAAAUACUUAAAAAAAGUGUUCAUACCAUAUAUGGUUCUUAUGUAUAUGUAGAGGUUCUUGAUUGUACGGGUUUGGCUGUGUUCUAUUUGCUGCUGACGAUGGAGUUCUGAACAUACGACAUGAGCUUAUACUAUACCAUGGUGGAGAAUUUCCACUUUAUCAGUCCUUGGUGCUGAUUUUUUGGUGUUAUUACUAUUUCCAUUCAGUAAUCAUAAUUUCAGCUUUGUAUUCCUGUAUUUUUUAAAUUUUAUCUGCAUUAUUAAUUUUUGCUGACAUUAUUUUUUAGGCUCUACAUAUGAUGUCAUCCAUAAAAUUAAAUCAGUUGACGCACGUAGAUGACUCCGUACUUUCUUCUCCCCAGACCUUGCAGCUGAUUGAUUAUCUUUCACCGCGGUACAAGUGGGAUCGCACACAUCGCUAAAGGGCGCGCAAUUUGUCAUGCACACUAGCAUGUAAUCUUUCUUUAUAAAUGCAGGUGGGGAGGAUGGUGGUGUCUUAGGUUCACCAAGUAGUUUUCAACACACGGCAGUUUCUUUCAUAGUGUUCUUUAUUCAUCACAUGAUUCAACGAACAUACAUGUAUGAUCUAAAUGUACACUUUCAGUGUAGAGCUUUAACGCACUCUUAUAGGUACAAUUGUGGCAUAUAGAUGAAUUCAUACCAAUGCUCAUGCUGUUAUUAAAUACCU